CAAACGCUGUUUCGUGGAAGGUGAACCGGUCGCGGGAUAGUACAAAAAAAUGGCGGCGCUUUCCAGUGAAUUUGGAGAUUUGGUGCAAAUUAAAAAACAGCUUAUUUACGUGAUAACACUUUGUAGGGAAAGGGGACUUGUCCACAGUGUAAAAUGGGCGUCAGAGUUGGCGUUUGCCUUGACACCGCUCCCCAUGAACGAGCUGCCCCCUCCUCCUCCCUUCACUGAGGAGGAUGCCCAGGACCUGGAUGUGCUCAGUCUCGCCAAGUCCUACUUUGACCUGAAGGAGUACGACCGCGCUGCCUAUUUCCUGCGAGGCUGUCGUAGCCAGAAGGCCUACUUCCUGUACAUGUACUCCCGCUACCUGUCUGGAGAAAAGAAGAAGGACGAUGAGACCGUGGACAGCCUGGGGCCUCUGGAGAAGGGCCAGGUACGGAACGAGGCGCUGAGGGAGCUGAGGGUGGAGCUCAGUAAGAAGCACCAGGCGGGAGAGCUGGACGGAUUCACACUUUACCUGUACGGAGUGGUGCUGCGGAAGCUGGACCUGCUGAAGGAGGCGGUGGACGUGUUCGUGGAGGCGACUCACGCCCUGCCGCUGCACUGGGGGGCCUGGCUGGAGCUGUGCAACCUCAUCACCAACAUUGAGAUGCUGAAAGCCCUGUCGCUGCCGGACUGCUGGAUCCGGGACUUCUUCCUGGCUCACAUGUACACCGAGCUGCAGAUGAUCAAGGAGGCCCUGCAGAAGUACCAGAGCCUCAUCGACGCCGGCUUCUCCAAGAGCACCUACAUCAUCUCCCAAAUCGCCGUGGCCUACCACAACAUCCGAGAUAUAGACCAGGCCCUGUCUCUAUUCAACGAGCUGAGAGAGCAGGACCCCUACCGCAUCGAGAACAUGGACACCUUCUCCAACCUGCUCUACGUCAGGAGCAUGAAGCCGGAGCUGAGCUACCUGGCCCACAACCUGGUGGAGAUUGACAAGUACAGGGUGGAGACGUGCUGCGUGAUAGGGAACUACUACAGCCUGCGCUCUCAGCAUGAAAAGGCCGCUCUGUACUUCCAGAGGGCCCUGAAGCUGAACCCGCGCUGCCUGGGCGCCUGGACCCUCAUGGGCCACGAGUACAUGGAGAUGAAGAACACCUCCGCCGCCAUCCAGGCCUACAGACACGCCAUCGAGGUGAACAAGCGCGACUACCGGGCCUGGUAUGGACUGGGCCAGACCUACGAGAUCCUGAAGAUGCCCUUCUACUGCCUGUACUACUACCGGAGGGCCCACCAGCUCAGGCCCAAUGACUCCCGCAUGCUGGUGGCUCUUGGAGAAUGCUAUGAGAAACUCUCCCAGCAGGUGGAGGCCAAAAAGUGUUACUGGAGGGCGUACUCUGUGGGGGACGUGGAGAGAAUGGCGCUGCUGAAAUUGGCCAAACUUCACGAGCAGCUGAACGAAUCGGACGAAGCCGCCCACUGUUACAUCAUCUACAUCCAGGACAUCUUCUCCUCUGUGGAGCACGUGGAGCACGUGGAGGUGAGCACGGCGCUCCGGUACCUGGGGCAGUACUACUUCAAGAACAAGCGCUACGACGAGGCCUCUCUCUGCGCUCAACGCUGCUGCGACUACAACGACGCCCGAGAGGAAGGGAAGGCCCUCCUGAGGCAGAUCUCACAGGUCCGAGAUCAGGGCGAGGCGUCAUCGGCCGACCUCUCCCUCCCCUGCGUCUUCGGGUCGCUGUCCAAUAAUAACACCCCCGUCCGCCGGGUGUCCCCCCUGGACUUGUCCUCUGUCACCCCCUGACACACGCCCUUGCGCGAGCCCCUGAUACCCCCCUUCCCUCCCAGUCGUUCCUCUCUCCCAUCCCCCCGGCCGCGCAGCUAGCCUCAGCGUGCGUCGGGCCCAACUCCCUCAGUGAGCCUUGCGGAUCUGGCAACCCCACGGACCCCAGGGACGAGCACCCCCAUCACCCACAAACCAGUCCCUUGCAAAUGUACUGACUAGUGCGUGCAGCUAAAAUUACUCAAGCAGUGAAAGUGUGUAAGAUUUCGAGUGAAUAAUGCCAUUCUGAAUAACAGUAGAAAAGCAUGUUUGGUUUUGGCUGGAGUGGAUCACAGGGCCUGAUUUACUAAGACCUUGAGCAAGUGCACAACUUUUUAGGACACCCAAAACUAAUAAUAUGGCCAGUGAAUGUUCACCACCAAUCAUUGGUUGUGUUAUUAGGUUUGCAUGAGCUAAAAUGUUUUGCACAAGCUAAAAUGUCUUGGUAAAUCAGGCCCUAAUUCCGUUCAUGAACUGCCUGCCGCUUGUUUUGCACGAGUAUUGUGCACGAGUGUUGUGCACCUGUGUUGUCUCAGUUUGGAGCAGGUUUCGCCAGGUGUGCCAUCAGGCCAGGGAGGGGGGAGGAGGGAGAUGUGGAGAUACGCAGUAUUAAACUCUAGCAGUUUGGGGAGACGAGAAGCUCGGGGCUCUACAGAAACGAUUCUGCAAAAUAAAACCAGCCGACCUCCCUCCAUUUUACAACAUUUUCUGCAUGUGUUUAUGUCAAGCCAAGUGUGUGAGGAUAGACGACUUUGUAAUAAAACGGAAAUAUAACUUUGUAAAGGGAACUUGCAUUUGUAUCAUAAUCAAAGGCAGAUGUGCAUUUAUGUGUGACUUGUAUGGGGAUAAAUGAAGUCAUUGAUUUAUA